AUGCGAAGGAAUUCCAGGUACACUGAUCACACUGCGAGGGGAGUUUCUUGGCCACGACCAAUCGGAUCUCAUCAUGCUCAUCAUUUGUGGCACCGAUUGUCUUCAUUCAGCAAAAUGGAAAUCCUCGUCGAAAAUUGUAGCUCGAGUUGGACAAGCAAGCAGAGGAUUUGGCGAAAUACGAAUUGCAACGAGGUCGGGCGGUCGAGGAUCGAGCAAUUUAAAAUUCCGUGUUUUCAUCACUCAAGUGGGGCCCCUCGAGGAAUCAGCUGUGUGGGUAGA